UGUUUUUGCACGGAAGUGUUGGCGGAUGGUUUGUACCAAAUCUUCCUGCAUGAAAUCAUCAAUGAUUUACAUGAAGAGUUCCCUGAAUCAUCAUUUCUAGCAUUCAAUUUCCGAGAAGGUGAUAAAAGAAGCGUUUUUGCCGAGACUCUCUGUGAGUAUGAUAUUACUGUCCUUGAGUACCCAAGGCAGUACGAAGGCUGCCCUUUGCUCCCUUUAUCAUUGAUCCAACAUUUUCUCCGUGUGUGCGAGAGUUGGCUUGCUCGUGGGAACCGUCAGGAUGUUAUUCUUCUUCACUGCGAGAGAGGAGGCUGGCCGCUUUUGGCUUUUAUCCUAGCUAGUUUUCUUAUUUUCAGGAAAGUUCACAGUGGCGAGCGCAGAACUCUUGAGAUUGUGCAUCGAGAGGCUCCCAAGGGUCUCUUGCAGCUGCUCUCGCCGUUGAAUCCCUUCCCGUCUCAGCUUCGUUAUCUUCAGUAUGUGGCGAGGAGAAACAUAAAUCCUGAGUGGCCACCUCCUGAAAGAGCGCUUUCUUUGGAUUGCCUUAUUAUUCGAGGUAUUCCAAACUUUGACUCCCAACAUGGAUGCAGACCAAUUAUACGUAUCUUUGGGAGGAAUUAUAGUAACACAUCUGGUCUUUCCACGGAGAUGCUGUAUUCUAUGUCCAAUAAGAAAAAACCCCUUCGGCAUUACAGACAGGCAGAAUGUGAUGUGAUCAAAAUUGACAUCCAGUGCUGGGUGCAAGGAGAUGUUGUACUGGAGUGUGUGCAUAUGGAUUUAGAACCAGAACGAGAGGUCAUGAUGUUUCGUUUGAUGUUC